AUUCAUGGGCGGGCUUAAGCUUCCAUGGAUCAACUUCAUUGACCCCAAUCAGGGUCUCUUCUUCUCCUGCUGCUUCUUCAUAUAAAAUUAAAACCCCAGAGCAUGUCAUCUCAGAUCAAACAUCUCCUAUCCCGAGCUUUCUCAUGGCAUUCAAUUACAAAAUUCGCCCAGAAAUUGACAUGGAAGACGAGGGUAAUGAUGAUGACAUUUUCUACGCCGAAAUAAGAAGGCAAAUUCUACUUUUGACAGCAGAAGAAGAUGAGGAUAAUGGGGACUUACCAGGAACCAAGAAUUCGAGUUCUGCAAGAAGCACCAAGCUUUGUUCGGGCUCUGGUUGGUCGGCUGCGCUGCUGCCAGGAAGCUAUUUCACUUGGUCGGAGACUCAAGAGAGUGCCAAUGUGCCCGCCUGGCUCGUGAGCUUGUGGAGAAGUGGCAAUGGCGGCAAUGGCACUGGGGUGUUCAUACCUCAUAUCGUCAAAUCCAGGAGGCAACAAAGGCCGAAAGAGAGGAACAACGGCAGAGGAAGAAUGUACAAGCCAGUCGCAUACAAGAACGAAUAAUGACUGAAAUGAUUCCUUCCAUACUUGAAAUGUCAAUGCAUAGUGAUGAUACAAUUAAUUUAUGCAACUAAUAUUGUAGCAAUAACACAAGAUUAACAACAGCUAGACUAUAUCUUCGUAUAACAUGACAUGAAUGCUAGUUUACACAGAUUCAGGACAGGUUAAUACGAAGCAAUGACACAAAAGUCAAGUACACUGAACGUGAUAGUUUGUUAGUCACCACGAAAUGUUCAUAUUUGCGGUGCUCAGACUAUGGCCAACAUUGCAUUAGAAGGCCGUUCUAGCAACAUUCUCUAUUACGACUUAAAUACUAGUUACUCCUUAAAACUACCACUAUUAUGCAUGGCUUCAACCCCGCAAUGCAGACAUUACCUAUACCGACUAACAAAGGAAAGCCGGGUCACUUUGCAGUGUUGUUUGAGUUCACCAUCUUUGUGUUGCAUAGCCACAUGCAUCUGAUGGUUUCUGAUUGACAGCAAGUACCUGAUUAAUUAUUUUAAAAGCAUUGAUGCUAAAAUCUGGCAGCUCAUUCCUUGGGUCGUGCUAGCCAUAAAGAACUGAGGGCUCGUAAACGAGACAUAAAAUCACUGACGACAAGAAGUGCCCGAGCUGCUUGAUGGGUGGUCAAAAUCCGGUGCAUUCGUUGCAAAGUCUGUUGCCUCAGAA